CUCCCUGCCCUGUGACUGAAGCUGCCGAAGCUGCAGCUUGCGUUUGCGUUUGUGUUGCAAGCACAGACAGCAAGCAUUCAUUUUUUUCAGUACAACACCGGAAGCUGGGAUCAGCUGUGAGGAAGAGCUGAAAAAGAUGAGCCAUCUUUCCCCGGCAGACUGUCAGCCUGAGACCUGCUGUACUAGGAAGCGUCGGGGAAUGUGGUUGUCUUCUGGCCAAAAAAGCGAAUUUUAAAAGGCAAAACUUUUGGAGGAAUAACCGCCGUUACCUUAGGAAGCAUGUCUGAUUUAGGAACUUAGCUGUAGAUGCUGGAUAAAAAGCCUAUUAUUACAAAAAGGUGUGAACAGAAGAUAUUUAAUAUUGGAAAAUUAAUUGACUGUAACGACUUUCAUUAUGGGAGAUAAGAGACAUACAUAGUGUGAAGUAUUUAGUAGCCGCACCGCAUGUAAACAAACGGCUAAGUCAGCUAGCUCAAAUUAGCCGAUUCGUAGUUAACACUCGGGUACUAUUAGGUGGCAGCAUUAAGCUAUAGCGUUAGCAAGGACGAAUGCUAACUUAUUGUAAGCCGGUAACGUUUCUUUGGUGCGUCCGUUUGAUCCACGAACACUUUAGCUAAUUUAGCGUCCCGGCUAACUACGUUGUGCGGGUGCGCAGAGCUGUAAUUCGAAGCGGGGCCAGAGGACAAGAAGGCUUUUGGCAGUGCUAGCGGGACAAUGGCUCGGGAGUAGAACGGGACGGUGAGAUCAAAUAAUAUCAGUAGUACUAGCCAGGAGCCGUUUCGCUAAUUUUUCAAGAGUGACCGCUAGCAAAUAGCCCUGGCGUGGUGAGAAUUUUGCCAGCCAUCCAAACUUUUCAACAAUUUAGUUUUCCGCGUAAAGCUCCAUUGAAUAAACUUUCGACUCGGCGCUACAGAUGUCAUUGUUAAAAAAUGUAUAGGCUGACUAAUCUGUAAGGAUCCGCAGUUCACGCAUAAGCGUGUAAAAAGUGUGUUUAUGUAAAAACCAGCCCGGGCUGCUCAGAGUUUUGUCAUGUAGCUUCGCUGGAGGGCCCAUCAGUGAGCCUCUCAGCUGGGUUGUACUUGCCAGUGGUCUCCCAUCCCCCCAGCCUUGAGCUCUUGACCUGGUCCACUGUUGGACCCUACUUAGAAGGACCACAGCUCCUGAAGACUGACAGGUGGAUGUAAUGGAACUGAUGUUUGCUGAAUGGGAGGAUGGAGAGAGGUUCUCCUUCGAAGAUUCGGAUAGGUUUGAGGAAGAUUCUCUGUGCUCUUUCAUCUCCGAGGCCGAGAGCCUCUGUCAGAACUGGAGAGGAUGGAGGAAACAGUCUGCUGGUCCAAACUCCCCCACCGUCAAGAUCAAAGAUGGUCAGGUGAUCCCACUGGUAGAACUAUCUGCAAAGCAGGUUGCUUUUCACAUCCCAUUUGAGAUGGUGGAGAAGGUCUACCCUCCUGUCCCAGAACAACUUCAGCUCCGCAUAGCCUUCUGGAGCUUCCCUGAGAAUGAAGAGGACAUCAGGUUAUAUUCCUGCCUGGCUAACGGGAGUCCGGAUGAGUUCCAGCGUGGAGAACAGCUGUACAGAAUAAGAGCUGUCAAAGACCCCCUCCAGAUUGGCUUCCACCUGAGUGCUACAGUGGUCACCAGUCAGUCCGGUCAGUCUAAAGGAGCCUACAAUGUGGCAGUCAUGUUUGACCGCUGCCGCAUCACUUCCUGCAGCUGCACUUGUGGUGCAGGUGCCAAGUGGUGUGCCCAUGUAGUGGCACUCUGCCUCUUCAGAAUCCAUAAUGCAACAGCAGUUUGUCUUAGAGCUCCAGUUUCUGAGUCUUUGUCCAGGCUGCAGCGGGACCAGCUCCAGAAGUUUGCCCAGUACCUCAUAAGUGAGCUGCCUCAGCAAAUUCUCCCAACAGCUCAGAGGCUGCUGGAUGAGCUGCUAUCCUCUCAGUCCACUGCCAUCAACACUGUUUGUGGAGCUCCAGAUCCAACAGCAGGCCCAUCAGCAUCUGACCAAAGCACCUGGUACCUAGAUGAGUCAGCUCUCAGUGAUAAUAUCAAAAAGACUCUGCACAAGUUCUGUGGGCCUUCGCCAGUCGUUUUCAGUGAUGUGAACUCCAUGUACUUGUCAUCCACGGAGCCUCCUGCAGCUGCUGAAUGGGCGUGUCUGCUGCGCCCGCUGAGAGGCCGAGAACCCGAGGGCAUCUGGAACCUACUGUCCAUCGUCAGAGAGAUGUUUAAGAGAAGAGACAGCAAUGCUGCCCCUCUGCUCGAGAUCCUCACUGAACAGUGCCUUACCUAUGAGCAGAUCAUCAGCUGGUGGUACAGCGUUCGGACGUCGGCGUCCCACAGCAGUGCCAGCGGCCACACGGGUCGAAGCAAUGGCCAGUCGGAGGUGGCGGCCCACGCCUGUGCUAGCAUGUGUGAUGAGAUGGUUGUUCUUUGGAGGCUGGCCGUGCUGGAUCCCACCAUGAGCCCGUGCAGGCGGCUAGAGCUAGCACACCAGCUCAAACAAUGGCACUUGAAAAUUAUAGAGAUAGUGAAACGAGGACAACACAGAAAAUCUUUGGAUAAACUCUUCCAGGGUUUCAAACCUGCUGUGGAGUCCUGUUAUUUUAAUUGGGAACUGGCCUAUCCACUGGAAGGCAUCACCUACUGUAGCACCGAGAAAAAGAAUAGUACAUUCUGCUGGCCAAGAGCAACGCUGUUCCAGAGAGGCAUGAAAGCAGCAGGAGCAGCCGGGGAACCAGGGGAUUCUGGAGGGAGCAGAGCUGAGGGUGACUACAGAGGCAGAGGGAGUGUUCACAUGUCACAACAGGAGGUGGCCGUGCGACCUAAGGAGACAAUCUUAACCAAAAGGAAAGGUCUGUCCCUCAGUGGAGGGGGAGGAAUGCUUGUGCGUUUGUCGGGGAGUGUCUCACUGUCCCUGGAAGACAGUGGAGUGAAGUGUACAUACAAAGGAGCAACCUCCUCCGCUGGAGGUAAACUGAAACUGACACAGGGUGGGAAGGGGGCAUCUUUAGGUGGUGCUGUUGGAGGUGGAGGGUUAAGAAGCAGUAAGCAUGGGAGUACCAAGCGAAGAACCAGCAGUGAGGACAGCUCCUUGGAGCCAGACCUGGCAGAGCUCAGCCUAGAUGAUGGCUGUAGUCUGGCUUUAGGGGCGGAGGCCAGCAACACAUUUGAGUUUCUUCCUCCACCACCUGAGAUGCUGCCCUCUCCAAGUCCACUGCUCAGAGACUCUCUGAAAUAUAAGAUGAUGUGUGAAGGAAGCAAGAGCUGUGAUAUAAAUCACGUGAGCCUGGUCUCAUCUGCAUCAACUGCUGCAGAAUCUGCCCCACCAGGCCUCAGGGAGACUGUUGGUACUCAACUGGACAUCGCUGCUGCAGAGGAGGAAGCAAAGCUGGAGGUGGAACCUGUCUUCAACGUGGACUUGGAUAUCAAUCACCAUCCUUCCAUCUGCACCACGACUGCAAGAUCUGUUAGCCCUCAAGAUUCUGACAAGUCCGUGCAGCACCACAGAGACGUGGCAGCUACUAAAGCUGCUGCAGCUAGUCUGGUUAAUGAAGCUGCUGAAGCCACAGGUGAAGCUUCUGAAGGGGAAGCUGCGGGUGAAGAUGACUACCAGGCCUACUACCUAGGAGUAGCCUCGGAGGAAGGAGCAGACAAACAGCUGGCUGAUGGUCACCAGGUGGAAGAACCAGACAUCUUUGCAGGGAUUAAACCACUGGAGCAUGCUGGACGAAUGGAGGUGCUGUUUGCAUGUGCUGAAGCCCUCCAUGCUCACGGCUAUAGUAAUGAGGCUUGUCAGCUAGCUGUGGACCUAGCCACAGACCUGUUAUCAAACCCUCCAGACCUGAAGGUUGAGCAGCCACAGGCAAAGGGUAAAAAGAGCAAGGUUUCAACCAGCCGUCAGACCCAGACAGCCACCAACACACUGUCAAAAGCUGCUUUUCUCCUCACUGUUUUGAGUGAAAAACUGGAGCUCCACAACCUGGCAUUUAGCACUGGAAUGUUUUCCUUGGAACUCCAGAGACCACCUGCUUCAACUAAAGCUCUGGAGGUGAAGCUUGCAUACCAGGAGUCUGAGGUGGUGGCUCUGUUGAAAAAGAUUCCCCUGGGUCUGGUGGAGAUGUCAACCAUUAGAGAGCGAGCUGAACAACUCAGGGAUGGAAACCUCUGUGAUUACAGACCUGUACUACCGCUCAUGUUGGCCAGUUUUAUCUUUGAUGUACUCUGUACUCCUGAAAUCGAGACUCAUCAGACCAGGCAACAUUUUUCCAGUCUUCAACUGUCCAAUUUUGUUGUAUCCCCAACUGGUUCCCGGCCGCCCAGCCGUAACAGAAACAAUGAGAUGCCCGGGGAUGAGGAGCUGGGCUUCGAGGCUGCUGUGGCAGCACUUGGUAUGAAAACCACAGUUAGUGAGGCAGAACAUCCAUUGCUUUGUGAAGGAACUCGGCGGGUUAAGGGGGACCUAGCCUUGGCUCUCAUGAUCACCUAUAAAGAUGACCAAAGCAAACUCAAAAAGAUUCUGGACAAGUUGUUAGAUCGGGAAAGUCAAACCCACAAGCCCCAGACUCUGAGCUCCUUUUAUUCUAGCAAACCAGUAGCUGGAAAUCAACGCAGCCCAUCAAAACAUACCAUAACCAGCCACAGCGGGGUCAGCGGUGCUACUGGGGGUGUCACCAAACAUUCCCUGUCUUUAUCCUCUCCACACACUGUGGCUGCCUCUUCAAACUCUUCAUCUGCUGUGCCACUGGCUGAUGAGGAGGUGGCUGAUCUGACCAUAAUACAGAACAACUCAACUGGGGAAAGGACUGCCGACACCAGAGAGCACGGAAUGGAUGAGUCUCGGUUAUCAAGUGAGCAGCAAAGGGAAACUUCUCAUUUGAAACUGGAGACCACAGUUCCUAGUCGGUUAGUGUUGGGAGGACGUUGUGGAUACAGCCAACGCUGUUGGGGUUCACCUGUAAGGCAGAAGAAGAAACACACAGGAAUGGCAAGUAUUGACAGCAGUGCUCCAGAAACAACCUCAGACAGUUCCCCCACUCUCAGCCGAAGACCGCUUCGGGGUGGUUGGACAGCAGCUUCCUGGGGAAGAGGCCAGGACAGUGACAGCAUUAGUAGUUCAUCAUCUGAUUCGCUUGGCUCCUCUUCCUCCAGUGGCUCUUGCAGGGCAGGUGGUGGAGCCAGGGCUAAGAGCACAGAUACCAGCAGGUACAAAGGACGGCGGCUAGAGUGCCAUGCUCCCCAUGUGCCCAAUCAGCCAUCAGAAGCAGCAGCCCACUUUUACUUCGAGUUGGCCAAAACUGUACUCAUCAAAGCUGGAGGAAACUCUUCAACGUCCAUUUUUACCCAGCCUUCAGCCAGCGGUGGUCACCAAGGACCACAUAGAAACCUGCAUCUCUGUGCCUUUGAGAUUGGGCUCUAUGCUCUUGGCCUCCACAACUUUGUCUCACCCAAUUGGCUUUCUAGAACAUAUUCAUCCCAUGUGUCCUGGAUCACUGGCCAAGCCAUGGAGAUUGGCAGUGCUGCCCUAAACAUUUUAGUGGAGUGUUGGGAUGGCCACUUGACCCCCCCAGAAGUGGCUUCUCUGGCAGAUCGAGCAUCACGGGCCAGGGACCCCAACAUGGUUCGUGCAGCGGCUGAGCUGGCCCUCAGCUGCCUGCCUCAUGCACAUGCCCUCAAUCCUAAUGAAAUCCAAAGAGCCUUGGUGCAGUGUAAAGAACAGGACAAUACAAUGCUUGAAAAGGCGUGCAUGGCAGUAGAGGAAGCAGCCAAAGGUGGAGGAGUGUACCCUGAGGUUUUGUUUGAGGUUGCUCAUCAAUGGUACUGGUUGUAUGAGCAAUCAGUGGCUGGAGGCUCUAGCCAGCUGAGAGAGAUGUCUGGGCGCUGUGGGGCCAAUGGUGGUUCUAGUAGGAGGCUCCAAGAUUCCACUUGUGGUGUCCUUGAGAAUGUAGCCAACAUGGAGUCUUCAGCAGUGGCAGCAGUUACAUCCUCAGUCACGGCAGCAGCUGUUGUACCCGUGAUCUCUGUGGGCUCCACUAUUUACCAGUCCCAUGGUAUGUCAGGCCAAGCCAUGACCCACCACCACAGCCAGGGGCUCCAUCCCUACACAACCAUUCAGGCCCACCUUCCCACUGUCUGCACACCACAAUACCUGGGGCACCCGAUGCAUCACGUGUCUCGGCCAGCAGUCUUUCCUGUGCCUGGAACUUCAUAUCCUCAGGGGAUUCAUCCAGCUUUUAUUGGUACCCAGUACCCGUUUUCAGUGGCUGGCCCCCCACCGACCCCUCUGGCAGCCACAGCAGUCACCUUUCCAACAGUCCCUGUACCGUCUAUGACGCAGAUCGCCGUCCAUCCCUACCACACUGAAACAGGCCUUCCUCUUAGCACGACUGUGGCAGUCAGCAGCAUUCAUUCUGGGGCAACCAUGCAGGCCUUACAGGGUGCAUCCCUGCCUGCUGUUUCCCCCCAAACUGCUGCAUUGGUGAGCAAUGCUUUCCCAACAGAAGAUGAGCAGCACAGCCAGCCAAUCAGCCAACAGGGCCUGCACUACCUGCAUUCUGCCUACAGAGUUGGCAUGUUGGCACUAGAGAUGCUGGGGAGGAGGGCGCACAAUGACCAUCCCAACAACUUCUCCAGGAGCCCCCCUUACACAGAAGAUGUCAAAUGGCUGUUGGGACUAGCUUCAAGGCUAGGAGUGAACUAUGUCUACCAGUUCUGUGUUGGAGCAGCAAAGGGAGUCCUCAGCCCAUUUGUCCUGCAGGAGAUCAUCAUGGAAGCUCUGCAGCGGCUAAAUCCAGCUCACGUUCAUGCCCAUCUCCGAACACCUGCCUUCCAUCAACUUGUUCAGCGCUGCCAACAGGCCUACCUUCAGUAUAUCCACCACCGGCUUAUUCAUCUGACACCUGCUGACUACGAUGACUUUGUCAACAUCAUCCGCAGUGCUCGAGGAGCUUUCUGCCUCACGCCCGUGGGAAUGAUGCAGUUUAACGAUGUGCUGCAGAAUCUAAAGAGAGGCAAGCAAACCAAGGAGCUGUGGCAGCGCAUAUCCCUGGAGAUGGCAACAUUCUCCCCCUGAACAGCACACUAAGGAAGAGCCCAAAACCUCCAGCUUUAUUACUGCCACUUCAGUGAGCUAAACACAUUCCUGUUGCCCUCCUUUAUCAAGGGCCUUUGCACUCCUGUUUGAACUUUGCAAUCACUUCCUUACAGUGAAUCCUGUGUUCCUGACCCACAACUUUUUGUGUGUACACCCUUUCAGACCUUUGUUGAUUUGCUAUUCUUUUUGUGUGUUAAUGUGAAUAACGGUGUACUUUUUGUUUUGUUUGUACUCCAAACUAAAGGUGUUCCAUCUUCUCAGCAUGUUCAGAACUUUAGGUUUCAUUUAGGCUUUGAAUUAAAUCGCUUAUUGAGGUUAAUUAUCAAGCUGCAUUCUAUUCCAAUCCUAUAGAUGCUGUAAAACACUCACCAAAACGUUUUCUCUAUCCAUCAGUUACUUUGCAGUAUGGGACUAAAAUAAAAAUUUGGUUGAUGUUUCAGUAUUUUUCUGUAAUCCUUUUGAUGCUUUUUAUGGAAUUAGAUGGGGUGGAAUGGGAAAAGAAUGUGGAAUUUGAAUUUCUAGCAUGUCUGAAGAUUGAUGUUAACAAACAAGUUAGACUUAUUUGAGUUAUGCUGGUGCUCAAGCCUGUCCAUCACAUCUGCCAUCUAAAAUAUUUUAGUGAUUCAUCAGCCAUGUUGAGAAUAAUUGUUUAUUGUUGUGUACAUCUUGUUUUAGAAGUGAAUUUCUUCUUAGAUUUUGUUUUGAUAACAUUUCUCAUCAGUCAGGAUGACUUACAUCACAGGACGACUUGUAACAACAUACUGAUCUUACAAGUUCAGGAAAACAGACUUUGAACCUCUGUUUUCGUGAAGACCUUUACCUUCUCCUUUGGGGAACUUUUGUUGGUGAAACAAAAGUUGCUUAAAAACACACAUGCCAAUUUACAUCUUACUUUUAAAGCUUCUUGUGACACACACACACACACACACACACACUGCCUUUCAAUAAUCCAGAAUCUUUAAUUUUAGAAACUACUGUUCUUUAAACUCUUUAUAGUAGAGUGGGUGGAUAUUUCUACAAUGAUUAAGAACACAAACAUUUUUUUAUUUUGUUAUUCCAGUGAGCUACAAAAAAACCAUGUAGUUUUUAUGAACAGACUAGUUACCCACUUAGGUCAUAGUGUUCUGUUGAAUUGAACAUAUAUAAUGUUGUCAGUGGAUGAGAAACACAUCGCUGGACCUCUCCUUGGGAUUCCCCUCGAGGAGCUGGCCCAAGUGGCUGGAGAGAGGGAGGUCUGGGCCUCUUUGCUUAGGCCACAGCCCUCGCUACCCGACCCCAGAUAAGCGGACAAAAAUGGGUUCAUGACCAUGCUAACCUCCACUCGACAUCAGACUUGAUUGGUGAAACCUCUCCUCAGUGUGGUUAGCUUUGUGGUGCUGAAACCUUAAAAUAUGUGGACGGUCUGUAAACACCUGAACUGGUUCUGAACCAGCUCAAACUAGUCAUCAGCCUAACAGGUGAACUUGACUUUGCAGAGAAAGUACUGUGGUAUUUUUGUAUUCCUCAGAAGUGUAGCCUAAUUCAAAGGUUCUCUAUGUAUUAUUGCAAAAUUUUCUGAUUUGGAACAAAAUGAUAAAUACGAUUAAAGCAAUACUGAAAGUGUAGUGUUCACUUAUUAAACAAUUAAACACUAAA